ACAAAUUGCUAGUUAAGCUCAAGUUUCCAGUUAAGUCGAGUUUCAAAACGUUUCCAUUAUUUUACUUUCUUUAUUCCAAAUUUCGGGUUUUAUUCAAAAUGAAUAAAUGUUGAGUGUUUAUCGUCGGUUGUAACUGUGGAUGACAAAUGCAAAAGAUAUUCACUUCAUUUGCAACUUCAAAAUCUUCGUCUAGAAAUGCUUCGAGUUUGGAUCGAUCAACUUUGAGUGAUAAAUCAACUGGUCAGUUUAAAGUGAACCAACAAGUUAUCUUGAAUGAGGGUAAACACUGUCUCUAUCCUGGUGCAGUGAGUCGACCCUAUGUAGGUCUAAGUUUACCUUCUUGGUAUCGACCCAAGGCUUCAUCAACUAUACUUAGACGCCGGUUAAGGUCGAGGCAAUGGGUUACAUAUCAGGUUGAAGUGACUCCUGACAGGAAAAGGCCGAGGAAAAGUUGCUUAUCUUCUGGUGUUAAAAUUGGUCAAAGUGAACCAAGGAAUAGUGGGAAAAUGGAAAAGUCAUCCAAUCCAAAGUACCAUUUGGUUCAUGGAUAUGUGUCUGAUGUUGAAGGUGUUGAUGCAGUUACAGGAGAAGAUGAAGUCGACUCAACUGAACCUCAUCAAAAAGUUAAACUCAUUGUUUUACUUUUAAUGAUUCCUUCGAUUGCAGUCAUGUUUUACUCUCAAACCAAAUUUCGGCGAGAAUCAAAUGUUGUUGGUGACCUUUCAGGUCUUGGUUUACCACCCAACUAUUUAUCGAGUGGGAUUGGAUCAGGUUCAUUUGGAUCAAGAGACUUCAAUUCACGGUUUAAUCCAAUUUAUGACCAUCAAAUGAGAUCUGAGCAUGCUGAUGAAUACGAUCCAUUCGACAAUGCACCAAACGAAAAGGAUCAAAAUGAUUAUCAGAAUGACCAGCAAUCGAAUGAAAAUGAGCAAUUAAACUCUGGAUUUCCGGUCAACAUUUUUAAUGAUGAGUUUAAAGACGAGAAUAAAGCAGAAGAAAGCAAAUCAAUUGGAAAUGAUGAUUUUAGUAAAGAAAUGUAUUCGCCCGAACAAAUGAAAAUUAUGAAUCUUAAAACAGUCGAUGAAUACAAAGUGAUCUUUUAUGAAAAUAAUGAUCCUUAUAAUGUCAACCAUUUAUCAUUAUCAAAUGAAUUUCCAUUCUCCCAUUGUACAGAUGAAAAACGUUGCCUGAUAACAAAUGAUGUUACACUAAUUAAUAUCAGUGAUGCUCUGAUUUUCACUGAUCCCAACCAUCCAAGUCCAAACAAAUUGAAAUCAUUAUCAUCUUCAACUGAAACAACUUUAAUUACCAUAUUUUACCAAUUAACUCCAACUCAACUCAAACCCAAACUCAAUUAUAAUCUAACUUUAACCUAUUCUCACCUGUCCAACAUCACUUAUCGUCCAUUUUUAAUUGAAAAAUCGUUGACAGAUGGCGUUCCAUUACAGAGUUCAAAUUCACUUUCAUCGGAAAACGUUAAUGGUUCAAGUGCUUUUAACCUUUGGCGAAACAAACGCAAAUUGGUUCUCAUUGUUACUUCCAAUUGUACCGUUGACCAACUGUUGGUAAGAAUGGCGACAAUUAUGGAACGAAUCGGAAUCGAUGUUGAUCUUGUUAGCCUUUGUGAUUAUUGUCCGAAACUGAAUAAAGUCACUGAAUUCAGUUUAGAAAAGGUUUCACUCGAAUCUUGUCUGGAAACACUUUUCGAACCUUAUCUGUUUCUAUUUGAUUGGCAGCCUUACCUGUGUCCAACUCAUGUUUCACCAAUCACUUACUUUGCUCUUUCCUUUAACCUCAUUCCAAUAAUUUCAUAUCCAUUUAAUAAUACUAAUGAUGAUAAUUGCUAUUGUAAACUGGACUUACCUAAAGGUUGUUUCAUUAAUGCACUUGAUUUUACUUCAUUACAUGAUCUAGGUGAUCUUCUUAAUCUAAUUGCAAGUGAUUUAAAUCAAUAUCAGAGUUACAUUAAGUGGACAGAGACUCAUGAGAUUUCAAUGCAACGACAAGAUUUAUGUUCUUUAUGUUCCUAUCUUCAUGGCAAUCAUUCCGUUAUUAACAAAAUGUCAUCGAGUUACACCAACAACUCUGAAUGUGUCUUUUGGAAAAAAGUGUAUUCAUUCUCUGAAUUAUCUUGAUAGCUCUGAAUAAAGGAUGUUAACUAUUGUAA